UGGCAAGUGAUUGACAAUAGCAACCCCCUUCCUUCAACUGCAACAGAUGAGACAAGAACAAAAAGAAGAAAUAAUAAGGAAGUUGAGAAGGAAGGUUCCAUAGUGAAGAACGUGUACGAGCUCGGAGGAAGAAGAUAACACCGAUGGGAUGAGAGUAAGAACGCCACCAGUAAUACCAAUGAGAGUUCUUUAUCUGUAAUGAGGACCAAGUAGUCGGCCAGUUUGUGCACCACAGAGAGUCAAUCAUUUCAACAAUAGUAACACCUGCUGAUGUUCACUCGAAAUAAGGGUCUAGAAGAUAUAUGUGAGAGGAUUCUCAAGUAAAGUUGAUGUACUCACACCAGAAGAUCAGGAGAAGUGUGUAAAAGAAACAAAAGUAUCACAUCGAGUGAGUCAAGAGAUUGAGGUGGAAUCUCUACAGACAGUGAAAGAACAGAAACAGAAGAACAACCUGUUAGAAAGUCAACAAAAUGGACAGAAGAAAUCGUGAGACUGAAGAAGAUGAAACAGUCGAGGAAGAUGAGAGCGCCAGUCGUGUUAAUCUUUCCUGCCUCACACAGGUGGUGGUGGGGUCUUAGAGAUGCUGGAAACAGUGCUGAAAUAUUCUUCUGACACCACUACCAGAACCUUAUUAACAGAGGCCCUGUAUAUGGACCAGGCAAUAGUGAUGGCAAAUCAUCCACAGCCUGUCAUAAUGACUGCUGUUAUCAAGCUGUUCACAACAAUGCUGGAUAGAUGUUCACCUGAGGACAGUCUUCUGCAUCUCCGCCAGAACAUUCCCCUAAUAAUGGCUCAGCAGCUCCAUAAACAUGCAACAAUUUCCACCCAUUUAGUGUUGGCAGCAUUUUCCCUCGCCCUGGGACGUUCAUUCACAUUUGAAGAUUAUGCCGUUGACUGUGAUCCCAGCCUUGCUCUCCCACAACAGGUUGUGUUGUUCAUCCCAUUGAUGGCAUUGCUUCCCCAUUCAGCACAAGACAUUGCACUCUGCCACAAUUCUUUGAUGGUGAUGCUCGACUUAUUGCACAAGAACAUGGAACUCAUCAUUCCACUUAUCCACAAAGCACAUUUUGUGGAUUCCCUCUUGUGCACACUCAAGAAAUCUCUGCACACUGAAGGUGUAGGCGUGAGUGACGUGACCGGUGAGAGCGAGUGUGAGGUGGUUGUGUCGGACAUUACCGAGAUCCUCUCCUGGAUAAUCAACUGCCUUGUAGCGUCUCCCCAACACAAAAACUUUAUGUUGAGCUUAGAGGUCCUGCAUCACUUGAACUUGUUGUGUCGUGGGGAGUCUGCUGUAUGUGGAGGUCAGGCAAGCUGUGUGGGUCACCUGCAGGGCACUGAGGCAGCUCUUCUACAGGUGGCUCUCUCACGCAUUCAGGCCACAGCUUCCACACACCAGCACACACUACCUCGAGAUAUUAAUGAUAGCCUUAAAAUGGAAAAAACAAGUGUAUCAGGAUCCACCAGCCUACACAACUUGAAGCUGUUCUCGUCAGGUGCGCCGCGUGAGGACAGUGAUUCGGGAGUGGGCUCUGUUUUAGCCAAUUACACAACCAUUCCAUUCACAAAAAGCCUUCACAACAUAUCGGAGCAGCUGUUUGUCAGCCAGAGUCAGAGCUCCCCUGCUUUGGCUGCUGAAAACUCCAAAAAGGAAGAAAAGGUGUUGUCUCACUCUGAGUUAGUGGACAGAUUCAAAGUUCUCAUACAAAAGGCAACAGAUUUUUUAUUUAUGUCAGCGUGGUCAUCUGUUGAGGCAGUGGCGAGUGCCUUGCCCUCUGCCAGCGCUCCUGAGACUUUUAGCUUAUUUCUGUUAGAGCUUCUCUUGUGUGCAGCUGCCACCAUCAUACAACGUAAAGGUAACAGUGAACGAUGUGGCUGGGAGCGUAUGGUAUGGGGUUGUCAAGACAUCCUCCGAAUGCAUCUCAACCAUCUGUUGGCGUUGGUCACAUCUCCAAGAACUCACAUUCACACACGUAUACGUGCUGCCCAAGCCUUAGCGUCUCACCCCAAAGUUCAUGCUAUCAUAUCUUAUACUUCAAAAGCAAACCCUCAGUUGUUAUACAAAGUAGGGAUCUUCAUGCAUGAACUCCGCUACCAAAAUGAGAACAAGCUUGAUGAAUCGGCCAUCAAGAGUUGUGAGGGUGUCUUGCAGAUACUAGAAGAGUGUUCGGUUCAGGUAUUACCGCCUCCUGAGUUAUACCCGCCCCAUGGAGCCAUGAGGGAGUGGAGUGUUGUCAGUGAGGAAAAGAGGCAGUGGCAAGAAGAGUCCUCAAAGAUAGCAAUUCUUGUUGUAGAUCGAUGCAAUAAGCAGGAUAAAAGACUUUUAACCAAGAAUACCCACAUUUAUGAGGCUGUUGCACGAGAAUGUAGCCGCCUUUCACGAACGGUAGUUGAUCGUCAGAAUGUUGAACGUAAGAUUGUCUUGGGAGGCAUUAAACACUCACAGUGUCGGCACGUUCACCUUACACACCGAUGGAGAGGACUUGUUGAAAUUCUGACUCAUGAGAGGGCUACAUGGCACUUAUCACAUGCUUAUCCAAGGUCAUGGCAGCUAGACCAGACGGAAGGACCAAUGAGAGUACGCAAGAGGCUCACUCGGGGACGUCUUCACAUAAAACCUCGGUACCUAAUGCCUGAGUACAGUCAGAAAAUAGAUAUAGAGAACCAGCCAUCUCCCCUUGAGUCCGUACUGAAAGGUUCUGAGACAGAGUCUGCAAUGGCUGUGAUGAUAGAGAGACUCAAUGUGAGUGAACGCAUCGUCCACAUGACCAAGGCAUCAGUUGUGUCCCCCGGUAUGGAACAGAGCGGGGAAAUUCUCAUCAGCCGAACUGCCAUGUAUUUUGUGGGAGAACAAGUCACCAUUGACAUGAACCAGGUGGUCAAGUUAGAUGUCACCGUAGCUACAUCGCCUUACCUCUCCUUCUACCAGGGUGGCAGUAGUAGUGAGGUUGUGUCAGUUACUUGGCCUCUUGACAAUGUUCGUGAAAUCCAUAUUCGAAGAUUUCAACUGCAAGACUGUGCCCUAGAGCUGUUCCUUACUACUGGCCACUCAGUCUUAUUAGCCUUUACUGACACACAGCAUCGUAAUCAGGUGAUUGGAAUGUUGAGUAUGUCGGAUAUGCCAAAUCUGUCGAGUAAGGCCACACUCCCAGAAGUAACGGCACAGUGGCGAGAAGGGCACAUGACAAAUUUUGAGUAUCUUACUCAGCUGAACAAGCUUGCAGGUCGUUCAUUUAACGACUUGAUGCAGUAUCCUGUAUUCCCGUUCAUUCUUUCUAACUAUACAACAAAUAUUCUCAAUUUGAAUGACCCGACUAACUUCAGAAAUUUGAGAAAACCAAUAGCUGUUCAACGUCCACAUAAAGAGCAGCACUACAUGAAUAACUAUGAGAUAACAACACAGAUUAGCCAGAAUGCAGGGAAUGGACCCUACCACUAUGGCUCACACUACAGCAAUUCUGGUAUUGUCCUCCACUUCCUGGUUCGACUUCCACCAUUCACGCAGCUAUUCCUUCGAUAUCAGGAUGGUAACUUUGACAUCCCGGAUCGCACUUUCCACGCUGUACAAACCACAUGGCGGCUUGCUUCCUGUGACUCCACAACAGAUUUCAAAGAGCUCAUUCCUGAGUUUUUCUUCCUUCCUGAGAUUUUUCUAAAUUCAGAAGGUUUUAACAUGGGUGUGCGACAGAGUGGUGAAAGAGUGCACCAUGUCCAGCUGCCUCCUUGGAGCUGUGACGACCCACGAAGGUUUGUUUUAAUUCACCGUGCAGCUUUAGAAUCUCCGCUAGUCACACAGAAUCUGCAUCACUGGAUUGAUCUCGUGUUUGGCUACAAGCAAACUGGACGAGCAGCUGUAGAUGCCAUCAAUGUCUUUCAUCCCGCUACAUACUUUGGCUAUGACGUUGAGAGUGGCAGCGACGAGAUCAGUCGUGAGGCUCGUAAAGCAAUGAUCAAAACAUACGGACAAACCCCACAACAACUUUUCGCAAGUCCUCACCCAAGUGUGAGUAACACUGGACCACCGCAGAACCCUCAGGCUCCUGAGGUGCUGCAUGAAGUGCGAGGAUUACGCUGGGGAACAUAUGCUGGCUCUCCUGCUGACGAUCGUCCCAUCUUGGCUCUAGUACAAACUCUGAAGACUCCCGCCAUUUAUGUCACCAGUAUAUCGCCCACUGAGCUGCUCCUGAUGCCCUCCCACACGCACGUUCUUAAUUCUGGAAUAAAUAAAGGUAUGAAUGGUGUUUAUAUACUGUCGUCUCACCACCACGAUGGCAUCAUUCGUUGUCGGCGCCUCAAGGAUACUGUGGCUCACCCCCUGGUUUCUGUGCCACAUUAUGAUGAAGUAAUGUUAUGCAGUUGUGGAAGUAGCCAAGUGUGGAUUGGGUUAGCAUCAGGUCAGAUCUUGGUGUACUCAGUUACUCCCAGUCAUGUGAGUGAUGAAUUAACAGCCUGUGUUCCACCAACCUUCCUACUGGCACACACUGCUCCAAUCACACACAUGCAUGUGUCUGAAGCCUUCAGUGUGUGUAUUUCUGGUGCCAAAGAUGGGAUGUGUGUACUCUGGGAUACCAACAGGUUGUCUUACAUCCGAAGCAUUGGGUCCAGUGGUGUUGAAGUCUCUCUCUUAGCUAUGAGUGAGACAUUAGGGGAUUGGGCUUCUGUAAGUCCACUUGGAUCUGCUGCUUCAGUGUUGCGCUUGUACUCCAUCAAUGGAGCCCUAGUUGAUUCAGCAGUCACUCCUGCACCUGUUACAGCCAUCACCUUCUCUUCAGCCCCUGAGGGUACUGCCAUCAAUGUCAUUGCCACAAGUUUGGCAGAUGGCCUAAUCAGGUUAUGGAGUGUAUGGGAUCUGAGACCAGUAAGAGAGUUGAGAACUGACAGAGCAAGACAGCCAAUAACUUCGCUUCACUACACCCAUGACAACCAUCAUUUAUGCGGCAUCACUGAAAGUGGUAUUCUUCUAGUGUGGGAGUCAUCGCUGGUCAAGACCAAAAUUCCAAAAUUCAUUACGGUACCUUCACUGUAGACUUGUUCCUCCAAGCUAUUAGCAUGACAGCUGUAAAGAAUAGCACAAGAACACAUCAUUGUAGUGAAGAUUGUCUCCAUAUCAAGGUACAGUACACUAGAUGACAAUGAAUACUGUUACUGAGGUAGUAAAAUAUCUCACUAAUUAUAAAUAUUCUUGCAGAAUCUCUCAAAUUUUAUAUUUUACUUUGUGAACUAGCAGUUGUCAAUUUUAUGACUGUUUUUUGUAAGUACAAUAAUGUGUUAUCUUUUAAUUAGUAAUACCCCCACACUUUUUAUAUUUUUAUUUCUAUUAGUAUAGCUAGUCACAAAGUUGCAUCUGAGCUAAAACAUGUAAUAGCUUCUGAUAUUUUACUUAUUUUUACCUAUAAGCAUCAGCAGAAAUAUUAAUGAUUAUCUGCAUAUGUAUUUUAUCCAUAUGACUGAGAAAUGCAUUUAGUACUGUAAUACAGUGAUAGGUUAAUUGUAGACGCCUUUGUGUGUGUGUGUUUGUGCGUGCAUGCGUGUGUGAGGAGGGGUAUAUGUGCAUUCCCAUGUUGCAUGCAUGUGAACAUGUCAUGUAUGAGCAUAGUUUAGGUCUAAAAAUGUGCUUUGAAAUAUAUUCUUCAAGUACUGUACUUAAGGAGAGGAAAAGGGUAAUGAAAGACAAGGUGUGGCCCCCAGGGGUUUCUUUGUUAGUAUUUGUGUUGACAUUCUUGUGUAUGUUUGUGUGUACACCUGUUUGCAUUAGGGGGUAUUCAUGUGUAUAUUUGCAUCCUGGUAUUUAUAUACUGUAUAUGUAUCUAUUUAUUUGAGUAUGUGUAUAUAUGUAUUUGUGUGUGUGUAUAUCUGCUGUAUCAAAUGAUAAAUAUACGUAUACAUAAAUAUGCCAAAUUAAGCUCAAGCUACCUCCUAAUAAAGUUAUGCCUGUUAUGCAUAAAAGAAUAUUAGAGGGUUAAUGAUAAUUCACUAUUUAUGUAAAGAAAUAGUAUAAAAUCAAGUUGUAAAUGUAAUGAUGGUAUGGUAAUGUGAUGUUUCAUGUAGGUCCUUCCAUUCCUACCAUAUUUUGUUUUCUAUGCUCUGUUUGGAGUGUAGUCAUCUCUGUAUAUGGUAAUGUAGAAUGUUGUCAAGUACAGUAACCUCUUGAUGCCUAUGGCACCACAUCCUCCACUCUUGGACAAGUAAGAAUAACCCUGCUAUCCUAUUCUUUAACUUGGUGAAACUGCUUCAAGAGCAUCACACUAACUUUCUGAAAUUUUGGGCACCAUAAACUUUGCUUUUAGUUUGCUCUUAGACAAGUAAGAAAAUUCUUCUUUCUUAUAAUUUUAUCUGUUGAAAUUCUUCAAAAUUAUUUAUAACAUUGCACAAAAAUGCAUUAAUCAUAUCUUUCUAACAUUUAAUUAAAUAUAUUUUUUUCUCAUUAAGAGGCCUUCUGGAUGGAGGGCAGGUUAUUUGGAUGAUUAUAUUUAUUGUAAAUAAACAGUGAUAUUCAAGUUAGAAAAUAUUAUGGAAGAGUUUGAUAUGUUGACUUGAGUUACUUUUUCAAAUUCUCCCAUAGUAUCAGUAAUGAUUUAAUCACAGCACCAAAGAACAAGUGUUUUAAGAUUUUUCCAUUUUAGUACUGCAGAAAUUUCUUUUAAAGUGGUGGUCUGAAAAUGGUGGAAUAUCAUUUAAUAGUUGUUUUACAGUAAUAAGCUCAAGACAUGAAACUAUUCAUUGACUUGGUUUUGCUUUAUUUCAUGAUACUGUACUGUAUUGUGUUCUCUUAUUGUGAUAUAUUUCAUGCAGCUGAUUACAUAUAACAUUCCCUCCAAAUUAGUGAACUUCAAAGAUCUGAUACUAUAUUAAACUUAGGAAGAUUUUCCUCAAGGUUUUUGUGUAAUUCACAAAAUGUAUUUGAUAAUUGCAGAUUUUAGUUUUCACAUUCUAAAAUUUUUCAUUUUUAUAUAUGAUGUUUUUCAUGAUUAAGACAUUAUUGCUGCUUUUAUAUACAUUUGAAGAUAUUCUUAUAAAGAGCAACACACUAUGACUUUUAAGAAUGUGAAUAGCUUAUCGCAUUUAAUGAAAAUGUAAAGGAAGAUACAAAUUAUUCAUUUUUAUUUUAAUCAUAAGGAUUACAUAAAGUUGUAUAGAAGGACAUCGAGUUUGGUUAAUAUUUCUUGUUGUAGGUAAUUGUAUUUACCAUAUGUGCCUGUAUGUUCAAGGUUAUGCACUAGUUUACUCGGCUUCCUUUUUGUGAUAAGAAGACUAAGAUACAUGAAAGUUUUCCAUUGUUAUUUAUAAUUUUUUUUAAUUUCAUGAUAUACAAUCUGUAGUUGAAUCAUCUCUCUCUUACAUUAAGGUAAUAAUAUUUUACUGUGAUAAUAUUAGGAGAUUUUUUAACCAAAUGCAUAGGUUUUUUUAUUAUGAUAAUAAGAUGGAAGUUAUGAGAUCCAAGGUACUAACACCAAAGUUUGAGAUCUUUUAAGGACUUACUGCAUGUAGUAAAUACAGAAUUACCAAAUGCUUCCCUUUAUUAACUGUAAAAUUCCCUACAUGUAAUAAGCAUCAGUUGGGCUUACUUUUCUUAAAUGCAAAUUUUUUGCCCUGCUGUGGCAAGUAUGUACAUUGUGAUGUAGUCUGCAUAAAGUUUGACCUGAUGUUGAAAUCUAAAUGAUUUAAGUAAGAUUAUUAGUGAAUGACCAGUAGCUUGGAAAUGUAAAAGUUAAUUGUAAAGUGUUGCUCAUUGUGCUUUCCAAGAGAUUGUUAUAUGAAAAACAUAUAAAUGGUCGGACUUUUAAGUAUGCUAUAUGUUCAUGUGCCACUAAUUGUCUAGAAUGCUUGUGUCAGAGAAAUGUAGUUAUGCUGAGCCCCUGAAAUACAUUGUAUAGGAUUAAUGUUGCCAAAGACUGUCAGUAAAUGUAUGCCUUGUAUUCUUGGCUUCCAGUUGUUACUUAAAUUUUAUCUUUUAAAAAAAUUACUCCUUUUGUAUGUUAUAAUCAAAGGAAAUUGGAGAAAUAUUAUACUUUUUAAAGCAAUAAAAUACAAUGGUGCAAAA